CAGCUGACUGUGUUAUCGAUAAUAGAAUUGACCUAUCGGAACUGCUAACACCCAGCGUGAAAUUGCAGAACCGCAAUUGUCAGCGGCAAAGUUGAAUUUUCGUUAGUCGCCAAAAGAGUUAAGUGAAAAUCGUAGAAUGCCAAGUUUAAUCAACACCGGAGGGCUAUUGUCGCAGAGGGAUGAAGAACAAAUGGCUGAUCCACUGGCAGCAACGGCGCUGGACAUUUACAUUGGACCCAUCAAAAUAGAGCAGGAUUUGAGCACGGAUUAUGAGAGCUUUGAGGAAGCAGAGAAGUCGUCCGAAAAGAAACGCAAUGGACAGAAUUUGCCAAAGAAGCGCACACACAAAAAUCGAGAACAGAGCAAUAUAUUAAUAGAGUUUAUGACCAAACAUCAGGAAAUUGCCAAAGGACUCGGUAAAGGCGAACGCUUUGUUGUGGAUGGCAAAUGGCGUAGUCUCGCAGAUGAUUUGAACGCUGAAGGACCUCCCUAUAAGAAUGUUUCCUCAUGGAAAAAAGUUUGGUCUGAUUGGAAAAUAUCCAUAAAGAAGAAACUUUUGCAAAUCAAAAACCAACCAAAUCAACAUGUUGUCCUAAACCCUGCUGAGGAAUCAAUUGCCCAUCUGUGUGGGUUUUACGAUAAAGUGGAAAUUAUUAGUUGCGGCAAAUCCUCUGGCUAUCCUAGCGAACAGGACGACAUAUCGAAUGUCAAACUCGAGCGUCGUAGUUCCCAAUCUAGAACUGAAGACGAAAGUCUAGCCGAUCUGUGCGGAUCCUAUGAAAUUGUCGAUAUAAUAGCAGGUCAACAAAACCCAAUAUGCGUUGAGCAGUCGAAACCCACAAUUAAUGUUAGUGCGGGUAAGGAUAAAAUUAAACGCAAGCACUCGGCCGAUUUAGAUGCAGAUCUUGCUGACAGAAAUCGCAGGCGCAGUCGUUAUACGGACAGUCUUGAGAACCUCUGUGGAGCUCAAAAUGCAUUAAUGACACGCGUCGCAGAUAGCCUUGAUGCAAUGCGUUCCACAAUGGCGGAGCAGACGAAUACUAUGCUGCAGCAUUUCAAACGAAUGGAGGAAAUAGAAUUGAAAAAGCUGGAGGUUUUGAAAUGUCUUAAGAAAUAGUACAAGUAUUAUACAAAUAGUAUUAUUUACCUAGUAUAUAUUGUUUUUAUAUCAUUAUAUUAUACUA